CGGAUCGCGUUGUUGAUUGUUGAGUGCGUACACGUUAAGUGUAUAGGUGUUCUGUGUUAGUACGUUGUCGUUCUAAAUCAUGUGUCGAGGAUAGCUCUGAAAAACAACUUAUUAUGAGUGAAUUCGAGUCCAUACAUCGCCUAGAAGGCAUCGAAGAGAAGGUGGGUGGCCUCAUCAAAAAGAAGUCUGUUCACGAGUUCAAAGCUCCCGUCCAGAGGAAGUCUGUCCUCGGCCUUGAUGUUCUUGCGGCCGCGAAAAGGAAGCAAAACUCGAAGAAAAAGGAAGAAAGUUCCAAAAAAUCUCGCAAAGAUGGUGAUCGUAGUGAUGAGUCAAGUAGCGAUAGAUCGGAGUCGACGUUUAACAGGCAGUACCGGAAACCACGUAUAGAGACUCCAACACACACCGGUGGAGUGGACGCUAAGUAUGCCGAGCGUAUUCGCGAACAGCGCGAGCAGCAUAACCGUGGCGUUUACGCAUCUUCGAAGGACUCGAGGAAGCGUCCCGAACCUCCGUCAUCUCGGGAUCGGGACAGAGAUCGACGGGACGACAGGCGCGACUCCGGGCGCUCCUCGUCGCACCGUUCUCGCAGAGACUGGAGCGAAACGCCGCCGCGUUUUAAGGACCCCCCUACGCCCAAUAUUCGACCGAAGGACACGCCGUCGCGCUCUAACUGGGAGGAAGACGAGGACACGCCAUCGCGACGGUCCUCCUGGGACGUGCUCACGCCGUCACCUCGCGAUGGCUCCGACCGGCGCAGCACGGACAGGAGGUACCGACGUCCGACGGACACACCGCGCGCUACGCCAGCUCACAAGUACAACGCCUGGGCCGCCGACAGGCGCAAGACGUACGCUACGCCAGGCAGCAAGCGCGGCAAAGACGAGAAGAUUCCGUGGAACGAGGAUGGUGAGCAAAAAGUAGAGUGGGAGGUGGAGCAGCAGAGGCUAGACCGUGAGUGGUACAGCCUCGACGAAGGCUACGACGAGGUGCACAACCCGUUCGCCAGCAUACCGCAGGAGUACACCAAGAAGAAGGAGGAAGCCCUAGAGCAGAAGAAAAUCAAGAAGGUUUCAGCUCAACAGAGGCAGAUUAACAAAGAUAACGAAAAGUGGGAGACCAAUCGAAUGCUCACGAGUGGUGUAGUGCUCAAAGUUGAUGUGAACAAUGACUUUGAGGAAGUGAACGAGGCAAAGGUGCAUGUUCUCGUGCACAACAUUGUGCCGCCGUUUCUUGAUGGGCGCAUUGUGUUUACAAAACAGCCCGAACCAGUGCUUCCUGUGAAAGACGCUACGUCUGACAUGGCCAUUGUGUCUCGCAAAGGCAGCGCGGUGGUUCGUUUCUACAGAGAACAAAAGGAGCGCAAGAAAGCUCAGAAGAAAGAAUGGGAGCUGGCAGGCACCAAACUGGGCAACAUUUUGGGUGGCAAAAAAGAGGACGAGCGCGACGACAAAGAAGAAGCUGACUACAAGACUGAGCAGCGUUUUGCUGAUCACAUCAAAGAUGCUGACAGUCAGGGAACCAGCGAAUUUUCACGGAAAAAGACGUUGAUACAGCAGAGACAGUAUUUGCCUGUGUUUGCAGCACGACAGGAGCUUCUGCGCAUCAUCAGGGAGAACAGCAUUGUAAUCAUUGUUGGUGAAACAGGCUCUGGAAAAACUACACAGCUAACCCAGUACCUUCAUGAAGAUGGGUAUAGCAAGUAUGGCAUGAUUGGUUGCACACAACCCAGAAGAGUGGCAGCCAUGUCCGUAGCAAAGCGAGUGUCGGACGAAAUGGGCUGCAAGCUGGGUGAAGAAGUGGGUUAUGCAAUUCGAUUUGAAGACUGCACUUGUGAGAAGACGAUAAUCAAGUACAUGACUGAUGGUAUUCUCUUGAGGGAGUCCUUAAGAGAGCCAGACCUUGAUCAGUACAGUGCUGUCAUUAUGGACGAAGCCCACGAAAGGUCUCUUAGCACUGAAGUGCUUUUUGGUUUGCUUCGUGAAGUGGUGGCACGCAGGCAGGACUUGAAGCUCAUUGUUACAUCUGCAACUAUGGAUGCCACAAAGUUUGCCACGUUCUUUGGCAGCGUACCUGUGUACACCAUUCCCGGAAGAACUUUUCCUGUUGAACUUUUCUUCAGCAAAAAUCCUGUUGAAGACUAUGUAGAUGCUGCUGUUAAGCAAACACUUCAGAUUCACUUGCAGCCCCAAGUUGGGGACAUAUUGGUGUUCAUGCCCGGACAGGAAGAUAUUGAAGUGACCUGUGAGCUUAUUGCAGAGAGACUUGGUGAAAUUGAUAAUGCGCCCCAGUUAGCCAUUUUGCCUAUUUAUUCCCAGCUGCCUAGCGACCUUCAAGCAAAGAUUUUCCAGAAGGCUCCAGAUGGAGUAAGAAAGUGUGUAGUGGCAACAAACAUUGCUGAAACUUCACUUACAGUUGAUGGAAUUAGCUUUGUUGUUGACAGUGGCUACUGCAAAUUGAAAGUAUACAACCCUCGCAUUGGUAUGGAUGCACUGCAAAUAUACCCAGUUAGCCAAGCAAAUGCAAACCAGCGCUCCGGACGAGCUGGUCGUACAGGACCAGGGACAUGUUUCAGGUUAUACACAGAUCACCAGUAUAAGAAUGAGCUGCUUAAAACAACUGUGCCAGAGAUCCAAAGGACUAACCUUGCAAAUGUCGUAUUACUUCUCAAGUCUUUAGGUGUGCAAGACCUACUUCAGUUUCACUUCAUGGAUCCACCACCUCAGGACAACAUAUUGAAUUCUAUGUAUCAGCUGUGGAUUCUGGGGGCCUUGGACAAUGUUGGAACUUUGACCCCAUUGGGACGGCACAUGGUCGAAUUUCCCCUCGAUCCUCCACUCUCUAAAAUGGUCAUCGUUUCUUGCGAUAUGGGCUGCAGCGAAGAGAUUCUCACCAUAGUUUCAAUGCUCUCUGUGCCCAGCAUUUUCUACCGACCCAAGGGACGGGAAGAAGACAGCGACGCCGCACGAGAAAAGUUUCAGGUACCCGAAAGCGACCAUCUGACCUUCCUCAACGUGUUCCUUCAGUGGAAGAUAAACCACUACUCAUCAUCCUGGUGUAAUGAGCACUUCAUUCACGUCAAGUCCAUGCGUAAAGUGCGUGAAGUGCGACAGCAGCUGAAGGACAUUAUGGGCCAGCAGAAGAUGAAGCUCAUCUCGUGUGGCACUGACUGGGAUGUGGUCCGCAAGUGCAUUUGCUCUGCUUUCUUCCUCCAGGCAGCCCGACUCAAGGGAAUAGGAGAGUACAUAAACUGUCGCACAGGCAUGCCUUGCCACCUCCAUCCGACUAGUGCACUCUUUGGAAUGGGCUACACACCAGACUAUGUUGUCUACCACGAACUCAUCAUGACCACGAAAGAAUACAUGCAGUGUGUCACUGCUGUGGACGGUAAUUGGCUGGCUGAACUUGGUCCCAUGUUCUACAGUGUGCGUGAGUCUGGCAGGUCACGACAUAGGAUGCAGCGAGACCACCAGUCACAGAUGGAACAGGAGAUGGCUCUCGCUGAGCAGCAGCUCCGGCGUCGCAAGGAUGAGCAUGAUGAGAAGCAGGCAGCGGCUUCAAUGCGUGCAGCACGCAUUGCGACACCUGGCUACCAGCCAGAGGGUGCCCUUGCUACACCCAGACGAACUCCAGCCAGGUUUGGACUUUAGAUAGUGCACCUGAUACUAGUGCACACUAGCUGACACUAGCUGUUUUGCCAUAAAUACAGUUAUACGUAAUAUUGUUUACACUUCAGCAGCUUAUAUGUACUAUAGUAUGCCGUGAAUCACAAGUGCUACGCUUAACCUCCACUAGGUAUGCUUGCAGUUAGCACUCGAUUGCUACAAGGACAAAUUCAAGAAGCAGGUAGUAGUGGUGUUGUAAAGAAACUUCCACAUUUGGCUACCAGCCAGAAGCUCUUCUGCCACGCACACAGACUUGUGCUUACUUUUGAUCUGCACAUCACAUAGCUCUUAUAGAAUUUUUACUGCAAAUGUGUUUUCUGCCUGUUUAUUUUAGGAGGACACUUCACAAUGAAAGCUGCAAGAGGAAAGCACAGAUGGCUUAAUAGCUUACAUCUUGGAACAUGGAAUGCAAAUCUGUUUGGUUUUCCAAGGCUGCUGUGUCAAUUCGAAUGGGUUGUCUUGUCUGUUGAUUCCAAAGUGUGAUGCCAACCUUCAACAGGCUCUCAGGUGCCCAAUGAUUCAUGGCAUCAAUCUCAAAGAUGAAGAGAUCUGUGCUGUCAUAUGCUCAUCCUGCAGUACCAUAAAUCCUGUUAAAUAUCAUUCUUAGGUAUCAUUAUAUGACUAUCCUUGUUUGUAAGAUAGAUAACCUCUGACUACCAUAGAACCUGUGCCUUCUAAUAGUGUUUUAUGUCUUUGCAUUGCAAUAUCUGCAUCAUCUGAUACUUAUUGAUUUCCAACAGUGUCUUUCGUCGUGCAAAGUAAGAGUGUAAGGCAUUUACUCCUAAAGCCACCUUGGACGCAAUGCCUAAUACAAGUGGUUCACAUGGUUAUAUACUAGUAAAAUCAGCCAUGUGAUUAUGCAUGCUAAUAUUCUCUUGAUGAGACCUUAAACCACCAUUCACAGAUGGAACAGGAAAUGGCUCUUGCUGAGCAGCAGCUCCAGCGUCGCAAGGUUAAGCAUGAUGAGAACCAGGCAGCGGCCUCAAUGCAAACCUGCUUAAGUAUGUUGUAAAUUUGAAAUAUCGUGACCUACUUGUAUAUCCUCAGAUGCAAAUGUGAUCCUGCAUUAUUCAGUGUGCUGCACAAGUGCGCACAAUUUUUAUAGUGUUGAAGGCAAGUAUAUAUAAUGCAAAUCUGUACAUAAAAUGUAUACUACUUUGUUGUGUUUUAGCUUUUGUAAAAUCUUAAAUCAUUCAGCGUGCGACUUGAAAGUGCGCAGAAUUUAUAGUGUUGCGUUGUUGAAUUAAGAUAUUGUGUGGAAUCACCAUAGAAUGUUAGCAACUAUGUUGUCCGUAGGACUUUUUAAAAUCAAGAGUCGGUUUUUCAUUGCUUAUCGUGUGCUUAUUUGUGUAUAGAUUGUGGCAUACUUGUGCCAUAGGCUCGACUGAAUAAAGUAAAAUCAAGUAAUUGAUUUCAAA